AUGGGGGCAAGGUCCCGGGAGUUACUACUGCUCCUGGCAGCAUGCGCGCUGGUAUUCGGCGAAUCUAUCAAUAAAACCGUCAAGAAAGACAAAGACGCCGACAACUUAUUGGAUCAAUAUGAGGAUUACGAACCCGCGGAAUACCAAGAGGUUUUGUACAACGAGGACAGGCCCUGUCCCAGAGACUGCAUAUGCUCUGUAUCUCAGGGAUACAGACAAGCCAAGUGCAGCUUCCUCGAAAUCGGUACACAAAAGUUCGGCGAUGAUAUCCUUGAUCUCGUGGUCGAAAACGCAGAUCCCCGCUACCCGAUUAAUCUAGACGACUUCAUGUUCAAAAAACUCGGACUUCACCAGGUUGCUACUGUAAAAAUCGUGAACAGCACGAUUGGUUAUAUCGCCCCCAAUGCUUUCCAUGGUGUCCAUGACCUUUACGCAGUCAACCUAUCCAACAACAACCUAAAGAGCCUUCAUCCUGAGACGUUUGCGAACAAUAAGAAGCUGUUACUUCUAACGCUUUCAAACAAUCCCCUCAAAUUUCCUGCAGCUGGGUCCGAAAAUUACUUCUUGAACGCUUCCUCUGUACAAGAGCUUGAUGUUUCAUACUGUAACAUGCAGUACAUCACGGCAAAUACUUUCAAAAAUAUGCCUGGUUUGAUGUACUUGAAUGUUGCCGGUAACAACCUAUCCGAUAUGGAUCCAGAUACAUUCAAAAAAUUACUCGAUCUCGAAGAGUUAGAUCUCCGCAACAAUCACAUUAAAUCGCUCCCCGACGACAUUUUCUCGGAAAACACCGAACUAGCAACACUGCAUUUACUGAAAAAUCCUAUUGAUACAGUGUAUGGCCUCCAAAUAUCCGAUUUGCUUACACUUAAUGCGGGACAAACAAACAUUAAGUUUGUUGGGCCAUCAAUGUUCAACGGUAUGGGUCUUAUUGCUAAUCUCAACCUCAGCGGAAAUAGUAUCGAGAAAAUCCAUAACCAGGCAUUCCACAAAUUAGUAGAACUCAAUUAUUUAGAUUUGUCGUAUAAUAAUUUGGAUUACAUGUCCAGUAUUCUUAUCAAAGAAAACAUCGAACUUGACAUCUUCAAAAUUUCAAACAACCCACGGCUAAAACAUUUACCGGUUGAAGGUUUCACAUGCUCAUCUGAUCAGUUUAAUAUUUACUUCUUUGGCGCAUCUGACUGUGGUCUAGAAGAGAUUUACGAUAAUUCUCUGAAAACAUUCUCUGCUCUGUCAAUAAUUCAUCUAUCGAAUAAUAAAUUAACUACCAUAAACAAUACCGUUUUCUCGCACUGCCCUAAAUUAAUGGAAAUCAAUCUUGCUUAUAAUAUGCUCACCACUUUAGAUCCUAAGCUCUUCGCAAAGAACAAUGAACUUGCAAAGCUUAAUUUACAAGGUAACCCUCUUAAAGUACUUUCUGCGGAAAUUUUUGUCCACACUCCGGCCAUGAUUUGGCUAGACAUGAGUCACGCUGAAUUAACCUCUUUGUGGAAAGUAGAUAAAAAUCACCCACUGACAGUUCUUAUCAAUUUACUAUUCUUGAAUGUAUCCCACAAUAGAAUUACGGAAAUUAAACAAAACGAAUUAGAUAAUUUGAACAAACUACGUACUUUAGACAUUACCAACAAUCCGUUGGCCUGCAGCCGAGACUUUGAAAACCUCAUGACAUGGCUGAACAACCACACAGUGUUGCCUACUGGUAACUCUGCCAACGUCGCCAAUAUGGCUAGAGAUGGAAAAGAUGAUGAUGCCACUUACAGCUGGGAUUUCCUGACUAUCAAGACUUGUGGAACUACAGUUAUUUCCCAUCCUGUUGAACCAUUAUCGGCUGUAUCUGACGAAGAAAUUUGGGAAAGAAUCGACAAGGACACUGAGGGUAAUUUCGAUUUGAAGAACACCUUAGAUGACGGUAAAAUUCCUGAUGAUACCAACGCUUCUGCUGACAGCAAACUAAUAAUUGAUAGCACUGAUGAAGAAUCAGAUGACGUUGAUCCCGAUGAUGAUGAAGACGAGGGCGACGAUGAUGACGACGAAGACGACUCUGGCGAAGAUUACGAGAAUGAUGACAUAGAUCUUAAAUAUGAGCUCAUCAACAAAACGGACUCGAAAUCUGAGAAUACAAAGAAAUCUGAACAACAGGCCACAGAGAAAGUUAAGAUUGACAUCAAGCUCUUAGACUUAUACGAAAAUUCUGAGCCAGACGUCUAUGUACGAACAUCGACCGAGGAAGAACACGGCCAUUACAGCUACUUGUGGCCAAUAUCCAUUGCCAUCCUCGGAGCGCUUUUGUUGCUAAUCGUUAUCGCUAAGGUCGUCAUGAUGACGUGUAAAUCAAGAACCAGGCAGCUCAGAUACAACAGUGCCAUUAUUGCAGCGAUGAGUCAACCCGGCCGCACCAAAAAGGACUGCGGCUUGGUAUACCAGCAGUUGUCCGAAGACCUCACAGGUCCGGCCACUCCAAAACUAAGCCGAUAUGCUCCACUUCACAGCGUCACUGUCAAUGCAUCCAACAUGUCCUAUGAGAGCAGUCCCUUCCACCACAACAACAUCGUGCCAGAAGCAGUGUGAGCCACACGUACAAAAUUUAAUUUUUAAGAGUUAUAUCAUGAAACUAACAACUGAGCUAACUCUUUUUCAAGCAACAAGUGAUAGAAUAUACGCGCUAGUCACACAAUAAAUAUUUGACACAUUUCAUAUUAGUGCCUUUAUGUGUACACUCGAGUAACAAUUCGACCAAAUUAUCUAGCGCUUUUUUUUUGAAUUAUCAAGUAACAAAUCGAAGUCAAAUUACUAAUUAAUUUAAGAUUAUACAUAUUAUUAUAUAUUAUACAAAUUAGUUGAUAGGUUUAUUUUAUGUACUUAAAAAUAUUAAAAUUAAAUACUAAAA